AUGGGAGUAAUAGGAAUAUAUAUACCACCUUCUAUUGAGAAGAAACCAAUUCUAAAUGAAGUACAAAAGGUCUUGGAUAGAUGGUCUAAUCUGACACAAAUGUGGAUAAUAGGUGGUGAUUUAAAUGCACGUAUUGGUGAAGUUACUGAUACCAUAUUUUGUCAGACGUUUGAAAAUUUAGUCAAUAAGAGAAUAUCCAAAGAUAAAGUGUUAAACACAGGGGGAAGAGCACUCUUAGAAUUUAUUGAUAAUAACCAACUAAUAAUUCUAAAUGGUAGAAUGAGAGGUGACACCCCUGCAGAAAUUACUUUUGUCUCUCCAAGUGGGAAAUCUAUAGUAGAUUACAUUAUCUGCUCAGAAGAAAUGAUAAAUUGUUGUAACUAUUUGAAGGUUCUAGAAAACGACAUUGCAGAUCAUUUUCCUAUUCAGUUAGAGUUAACAAUAUAUGAGAAAAUAACCAAGAAAAAAUUAUAUUUUUCAAAAAUCAGUAAGAAACUAUCAGAAGCUAAUGAUUCGAGAGUUUUCUGGAAAAUAAUUAAUAGUUUUCGUAAAAGAAAGUUAGGAUUGGAAAAACAGACUAAAGUAGAAUAUAACAUUUGGCUUAAAUACUACAAUAAAUUCUCUGAGAACUAUCAGAAAAAUGUUUGUAAAAAAUAUAUAGGAACUAAAACAAGACCAGAAAUUCAGCAAGAUGAGAUAAUCAAGAUAGAAGAAGUACAGGAUUGUAUCAAAAAUCUUAAAGACAAAUCAACUCCAGGAUCGGACAUAAUACCAAAUUCAAUCAUUAAAAUGUUGCCAAUAGAAAUCAUAAGAUAUUUAACUAGACAAUUUAAUCAAUUCUAUAGUAAUAGUAUAAUACCGGAAAAAUGGAACGAAGUUAUUUUUACUAUGAUAUUUAAACAAGGGAACAAACAAGAACCAACCAAUUACAGACCAAUAGCCCUUCUGUCCUGUCUACGUAAAGUAUUUACUGGAGUAUUAGCUGACAAAUUUAAUUACUGGACAGCGGCGAAUAAUUAUAGAAAUAAUACACAAUUUGCAUUUGUAGAAGAGGGAGGUACUCAGACAGCCAUCUUUGUAUUGCUGUCAUUAAUUCAAAUCCAGUUGCUCAAAAAAAGACAUAAAGUGUUUGCCCUGUUUUUGGAUCUUGAAAAAGCAUACGAUAUGAUUAGUAUUACCGAUCUACAGAGUAAAAUGAAGAGAUAA